UAAGAACGCACAAGACUACUAGGAAGAUACAAUGCAUUCAUCCAUAUUCUGUCUUCUGGUUUUCCUUCAAUUUUCAGGAUGUUUAGGGACAUCCGAAAACGGUGCCAUUCCAAGGUUGGAAAAAAUGCUUUCGGAAUUGUUUAAAGAGAACGAGGCAAUAAAACUGAAAAUGGUCAAAAUCGAAAUCGAUAACAAGAACCUGAAUCAGAAGAUUGAAAAAGUUGUACUGGAAAACAAUCAGAUGAAAAAGGAAAUUGAGAAACAGUCUAGAGUUAAUUUCCGUCAAAGUGAAAAAUUAAGAAAUAUGGAACAUAUAAUUUCUGACUUACAAAAGUGUUCAAAAAAUUGCAAAAUUCUUAAAACCCUAAAAGGACACACCCUUUUCCAGAAAACAGAAUCAUGGAGACAAAACGGCAAUUAUUCGGAAUCUUUGAUAAAGAACAAAACGCAAGAACUCAGUUUCCACGAAAGAAAGAAUAUCAAUAACCACCAGCGUAGGAGGGUGCAAAGACUAUUGAUGACGGACAUUCCACCUACAACCACUGAUAGAAUUGCCUUCUUCUCUUACAUGUCCAAACCGGAAACCAACCUUGGCCAUCAUCAGACGAUCAUCUUUGAUGUUGCACACACAAAUGUAGGAAAUAACUACAGUCCUCAUACUGGCGCCUUUACUGCUCCCAGUCAUGGUGUUUAUGUUUUUACCUGGAAAGUAUAUAUUGCAUCAGGUGGAUAUGUCUACACAGAAUUAAUUCAAAACUCCAAUUCCGUUUGCGGGUCAUAUACUGGGGCACAGGAUGUUCAUAAUAUAAUUGCAUCAACAGAUGUUGUCGUUUUGGAAUUGAACCCGGGGGAUGAAGUUCAUAUUCGUACACCUCCAGACGCGAGUUUGAGUGGGACUCUAUACAGUACUCGCCAAUAUCGGUCUUCUUUCAACGGCUGGAGAUUAUUUUGAAAAUUACAAUACAUUGUGUCUGAAAAUUAAGUCAAUAAAGUUAA